AUGGCCGUGCUCGACCCGAUGCACGAAGACAAGUACUCUCCCGUGGACAGCUUGGUCCACCAAUACCCCGACCGUGCACUCUUUCUCGGUUCGUUCUUGCCUCUGCCAACCGGCGACGCGCUCAUACUGGCCAUCUGCGCCAGCGAAAUCCGCCCACUCUACUGCCGCUUUUCGAUUCGCCAGCAAGGGACUGGGGGGGGGGUAUCGCCGAGCCGGCUGAUCGAACCCAACGACGGGUGGACGGAGACGGUGACACGGCGGGGCACCCGACGGCUGUACAAAGCUGGCGUGGCCGUCCGGAAUCCAUCAGCGCUGCUGAACGGGGUCGGCAACACGCUCGACACCAUGUCGCAGCUCGUCGAUGCGCCGGGGGAUUUCAAUAUCCAGCCGGCAGGCGACAUCGUACCCAGGGCCGAGGACCUGCGCACGCAGCUCCGCGACGGCCCACACCUGAAGCGGAUGUGGGCGCAUCGCGGGCUUCUACGCGCCCAAUUCCAUCCUCGACCUGCCCGUCGAGGGCGGCGAAGCGACUGGUCCGGUCGGUCGGAGCGCUGCGACGGCCGCGUCGGGCUCGCCACCUUCUCGGCGCCGGGGCUGAUGGGCGAGCUGACUGAGAUGCAGUAA